AUGGCUGCUGUCCGCGAGUGGUCCUGCACCCGCUGCACCUUUCUGAACCCCGUCGGCCAGCGGCAGUGCUCCAUAUGCGAAGCCCCUCGCCAGAAGCCUGACCUCAACCACAUCCUGCGGCUCAGCGUGGAGGAACAGAAAUGGGCUUGUGCCCGCUGCACCUUCAGGAAUUUUCUGGGCAAGGAAACCUGUGAGGUAUGUGGCUUCACCCCAGAGCCAGGGCCCAGCGGCUCCCCCUUGCCUGUCAUCAAUGGCAUCUUGCCCAAGCCGGCUGUGCUUGUGGAGCCCAAGGGCACGUCCAAGGAGGAGGCCACCAAGGCAGAAAGCAGCAGCGAGGACUCGGAGGGGAAGAGCCCCGAUGAAGCGGAGCUGGAGAGUGGCUGGGCUUGCCAGCGCUGCACGCUGCACAACACGCCGGUGGCCAACUCCUGCUCUGCCUGUGGUGGCCCACGCAAGCUCUCCCUGCCCAAGAUCCCGCCAGAGGCGCUGGUCGUCCCUGAAGUCAUCACCCCUGCUGGAUUUCACAUGGCCCCCUCUACCCCGCAGCCUUUAGUCUCUGCAGAGAUCUCUGAUGGUGACGCGGUGGCCACUCAGGGCCCAGUGGCUAUGGAACAAGAGGCACAGAAGAUACCAGCCUUCAGCCCCUUCUCUCCAGGACUCCAAAACAACCCUGUGCCCCGAAGCCGUCGGGAGGUGCCUCCCCAGUUGCAGGUGCCGGGCCCUGAAGCCUCCCAGCCCGUGGCUCAGAGUGCAGCGGGGCAGAAGGGCUCUCCGCAGGGUCAGGCCAGGGCUGCCCCAGCCGCCCGCUUCCAGGAGCUGCUGUCCAACAAGCGGCUGAGCGUGCUGGAGGAGGAGAUGGAGGUCAGCCCGUCCCACUGGAAGUGCAGCUCCUGCUCCCUGCUUAACUCUGCUGGGGCCAGCAAAUGCGAGGCUUGCAGCACCCAGAAAGGCAGCGACACCAUCAAUCUGGUGGGGGACUCGGUGAGAUUCACCCCGUGCAGCCCCUCCAGCCCUGACUUCACCACCUGGUCCUGUUCCAAGUGUACCCUCAAGAAUCCCACCCUGGCCCAGAAGUGCAAAGCCUGUGGCUCCUCCAAGCUGCAUGGCUUCCAGGAGCACGGGACGCAGGGCGAGCUGUCCCCCCGCUGCCCCGACUGCGGGGCUUGCGACAAGGGCGGCUGCUCCUCCUGGAGCGGCAAGGGCCCCCCCUUUUUUUUCCCAUCCCAGCUUCCCACUGGGCAGGAGAGGCCAGGCCAGUGGGCUUGUCCCGCUUGCACCUUGCUCAACGAGCUGAAGGCCAAGCACUGCGUGGCCUGCCAUACCCCGCAGCAGUACGUGGCCCAGCGCAAGGGCCUCAAGCCCCUGAAGAGGCGGGAGAGCAUGCACGUGGAGAAGAGGCGGCAGACGGACGAGGGAGAGGCCAAAGCCCUGUGGGAAAACAUCGUGACCUUCUGCCGGGAGAACAAAGUCAAUUUUGUAGAUGACAGUUUCCACCCUGGGCCUAAGUCUGUGGGAUUCCCGGAAGGUGACAGUGUGCAGCAGAGGGUGAAACAGUGGCUGCGACCUCAUGAAAUCAACUGUAGCAUCUUCAAGGACCGGUCGGUGAAGUGGUCGGUGUUUCGGACACCCAGGCCCUCGGAUAUCCUGCAGGGACUGUUGGGAAACUGCUGGUUCCUGAGCGCCCUGGCCGUGCUGGCCGAGCGGCCGGAGCUGGUGGAGAGGGUGAUGAUCACCAGGACGCUGUGCCCCGAGGGCGCCUACCAGGUGCGGCUGUGCAAGGACGGCACGUGGACCACGGUGCUGGUGGAUGACAUGCUGCCGUGCGACGAGUGCGGGUACCUCCUCUUCUCGCAGGCCCAGAGGAAGCAGCUGUGGGUCGCCCUCAUUGAGAAGGCGCUGGCCAAGCUUCAUGGUUCGUACUUCGCCCUCCAGGCGGGGCGUGCUAUUGAAGGCCUGGCUACACUAACGGGUGCCCCCUGCGAGAGCCUGAUGCUGCAGGUCAGCUCCACUAACCCUCGCGAGGAGCCCAUUGACACUGACCUCAUCUGGGCCAAAAUGCUGAGUUCUAAGGAGGCUGGGUUCCUCAUGGGCGCAUCCUGUGGCGGAGGCAACAUGAAAGUGGACGACGUGGCCUACGAGAGUAUGGGUCUGCGUCCACGGCACGCCUACUCCAUCCUGGACGUGCGGGAUGUCCAAGGCUUCAGGUUACUGCGGCUCCGAAACCCCUGGGGCCGCUUCUCCUGGAACGGCAGCUGGUCCGAUGAGUGGCCGCACUGGCCGGCUCCCUUGCGUCAUGACCUGAUGCCCCACGGCAGCAGCGAGGGCGUCUUCUGGAUGGAGUACAGCGAUUUCAUUAAGUACUUUGACUCUGUGGAUAUCUGCAAGCUCCAUUCAGACUGGCACGAGGUGCGUGUGCAGGGCAUGUUCCCCAACAAGGCCAACGGGCCGGUGACAGUGACAUCGCUGACGGUGUUGGAGCGUGCUGCCCUGGAGUUCGCCCUCUUCCAGGAGGGCAGCAGGCGGUCGGACACAGUGGACAGCCACUUGCUGGAUCUGUGCAUCAUGGUUUUCCGGGCCACCUUCACCAGCGGGAACAAGCUGAGCCUGGGCCGGCUGAUGGCUCACAGCAAACGAGCUGUCAAGAAGUUUGUCAACUGCGAUGUCAUGCUGGAGCCGGGCGAGUACGCCGUGGUGUGCUGUGCCUUCAACCACUGGAGCACCGCCCCGGCAGGCCCCUCCACAACCCAGGCUGCCAGUCCCACCAGCAGCCGACCAGCUGCCGAUUAUUCCAGCUAUAUCCUGGCCAUCUACAGCUCCCGCCUGGUGAUGGUGGAGCAGGUGGAGGCACAGCCCACCACGCUGGCGGAUGCCAUCAUCCUGGUGACGGAGAACAAGGGCGAGCGCCAUGGGGGCCGCGAGGGGAUGACCUGCUACUACUUGACACACGGCUGGGCAGGGCUUAUUGUGGUGGUGGAGAACCGGCACCCCAAGUCCUACCUGCAC